AAUACUGUCGAAAUCCCUUUUCCCUUUCCGUUCUUUUGCCCUUCAUUUGACAAGUAAUCUCUCGCCAAACGCAAGAGCCGAUUUUUCUCUUCCGUCUGCAGCCAUCGUUUCGCUCCUCCCCUCUUUUCAAACCCUAAAGGGUAAAAAAGAGAAUCUGCAGGCUAUUAUCAUUUUGCAGGAAUAUUUUAGACCAAUGAAAUUUCAACAUGACUGAAAUGGACAGACAGCUGAAGGAAGCAGAAGAGUCCGAAGUGGAAGAUGCCUCAAAUGUGACUAAAAUGGAAGGACGACCGGAGGAGGAGGAAGAUGCUUCACAUGUGAAUAGAAUGGAAGAACAGGAGGAAAUGGAAGAAGCCAAAGUUGAAGAUGCUUCAAACAUGGCUGAGAUAAAAGGACAGCCGAAGGAGGUAGAAGAUGUUUUAAAUACCACUGAAAUGGAAGGACAGGGGAAAGAAGUUGAACAUGCUGAAUUGGAAGAGGAUCCAAAUUUGACUGACAUUGAAGGGCAACAUAAAGAAGUGGAAGAUACAGAACUAGAAGCUGAGGAAAAUGAUUCUGAUGAUUCAUUUAUUGAUGACUCUGAUGGUGAAGAACCGUAUACAUUUGAUAAUGAUCACGAAACCAUUGUUGAGGCACCUAUGACUGAUGCAGAAAUUGAAGAGUUAGUUGCAGAUUUUUUGGAAGUUGAGAGUAAGGCAGCAGAGGCUCAAGAAUCACUCGAAAAGGAGUCACUCGCACAAGUGGAGAGAGAAGUCAGAGCAGAAUUGGCUCAAAAUCUUGAAGGGGAUGAUCUGGAAAUGGCCGUAUCGACGGAAAUGAAAACGUUCGUAGAGGAAUGGGAGAAGGCUCUUGAUGACCUAGAGGCGGAGAGUGCCCUUUUGCUGGAACAACUUGAUGGGGCUGGUAUUGAACUUCCUAAACUGUAUAAAUGGAUUGAAAGUCAGGCACCUAAUGGUUGCUGCACUGAAGCUUGGAAAAGACGGACACUCUGGGUAGGGUCUCAGGCAACUAAUGAAAUUGCUGAAUCAAUUGCAGAUGCAGAAAAGUAUCUGCAAUCCUGUCGGCCUGUAAGGAGACAGCGGGGGAGAUUGGUGGAGGAAGGUGCUAGUGGCUAUCUUGGAAGAAAACUUUCCAUUGAAGAUAAUGGAGAUGCACCGAAAGAAAUUUUGGAGAAGGAUUGGAGCUCAUUUAAUGACCUUAUUCAAUCUCAUAAGGCAUCUGACACUUCCUUUGGUGGAAAACACUGGGCUUCUGUGUACUUGGCCAGUACACCCCAGCAAGCUGCAAGAUUGGGGCUCAAGUUGCCCGGAGUUGAUGAGGUGGAGGAGAUAGAUGACAUUGAGUGCACAUCCAGCGAUCCAUUUUAUGCCGAUGCACUUGCAAAUGAAAAAGAUAUUGAUCUUUCUGAAGAACAAAAGAGAAACUUUAGAAAGGUCAAAGAAGAAGAUGAUGCAAAUGCUGCACGGAAAUUGCAAAUUAAUUUGAAGCAAAGGAGACGUAGAAAUCGAUGUUGUCAGGAUAACAUUAAAAAAGAGGUCUCCUUAGUUGAUCGGAUUGUGGAAAGUGAAUUAUGCGACUCCAUGUCUUUGGAUGAAUCUUCUCAUCUAGUUUCUGUAGAGAAAGAUUCUUCUGAAACUUGUGAGGGUGCACGUAAUAUCAACAAUAAGAAUAUUUCUGUACAAAAUAAGGCUGAAAUGAUUGACACUAAUGGAGCUUCUGGUAAUCUCAAUAAAGAAAAGAAAUUGGUCAAUGGUACUUCCUCGGUACUUGCUACAUGUGCGUCAUCUGAUUCGUCUGAACUCAGAGGGUCCAAGCGUGCACAUGAUGGUGAGGAUUUCGAAAUCGACAAUAAAAGAAGUCGGACUGUUGUCAUAGAUAGUGACGAUGAAGUGCGACAGGAGGAACAUUCUGCUUCUUGCAACGAUCCCAACAUGGUUGGAGAUUCUGCAUUGCAAGCUAAGGAAGCAGUUGAUACUGUAGAUGCCACUGCUCAUCCUUCAUUAAGCCCAGCUGGUUCAGGUUUUGAUGUGACAGAAGAUUCUAAGAAUUUUCAUUGCACUGCUUGUUCCAAAGUCUUGGGAGCUAAAGAAGUGCACCGUCAUCCACUUUUAGAGGUCAUCAUAUGUGGAAAUUGCAAGGACAUGCUGGAAGAAAAGAUGCAACAAAAGGAUCCUGAUUGCUCUGAGGGUUAUUGUGGAUGGUGUGGAAGUUGCAAUGAUCUUGUAACUUGUAAACUGUGCAAGUCAUUAUUCUGUACCAAAUGUAUAAGGAGGAAUUUUGGAGAAGAACGCCUGUCAGAAAUUCAAACCUCUGGUUGGAGCUGUUGCUGCUGUUCUCCCUCUCUAUUGCACCCAUUUAUUCUUGAAUGCGACAAAGCUCUCAAAAUUGAUAGUCAGGCAGUUUCAAGUUCUGAUAGUGAUUCCGAGCAAUCGGAUGCAGGCGGCAAUGUUCCAAGAAGCAAUAAGAAAAGACGUAAAAGAAGGAUUAGGAGAAUCCUUGACGAUGCUGAACUUGGAGAAGAGACCAAGCGGAAAAUUGCACUUGAAAAGGCACGUCAAGAACAUCUCAAGUCAAUGCAAGUACAGUUUGCUGGCAAAUCAUGGGGUAAGAUCAGCACAAGUUGUAACGGAAAUGCUACAGUAGGUACAAGUGUUAAAGUGCUGGGUGAUGCAACAAAUGGUUUCAUAGUGAAUGUUGCAAGGGAGGCAGAUGAAGUGCCAGUGAGGAUUCCUCCUAGUAUCUCUGCCAAACUGAAACCCCAUCAGAUUGCUGGGAUACGAUUUAUGUGGGAAAAUAUCAUACAGUCUGUCAAAAAGGUUAAAUCUGGCGAUAAAGGUCUUGGUUGCAUUCUAGCUCACACCAUGGGCCUUGGAAAGACUCUCCAGGUUAUAGCAUUUUUGUACACUGCUAUGCGAGGUAUUGAUUUAGGAUUAAGAACUGCACUUAUAGUUACACCUGUAAAUGUGUUGCACAACUGGCGGCAUGAGUUCGACAAGUGGAAACCUGGGGAAUUAAAGCGUCUCCGUAUCUUUAUGCUAGAAGAUGUUCCCAGGGAGAGAAGGUUGGAGCGGCUCAUGACGUGGAGAGCUAAGGGUGGUGUCUUUUUGAUUGGCUACACUGCUUUCCGUAACUUAUCUCUGGGAAAGCAUGUGAGAGAUAAGAAUACAGCCAUAGAGAUGUGUCAAGCACUUCAGAAUGGGCCUGAUGUUGUAGUCUGUGAUGAGGCCCAUAUGAUUAAGAACACAAGAGCUGAUAUCACCUAUGCCUUGAAACAAGUGAAGUGCCAAAGAAGAAUUGCAUUAACUGGAUCACCAUUGCAGAACAACCUGAUGGAAUAUUAUUGUAUGGUUGAUUUUGUAAGAGAAGGUUUUCUUGGGAGCAGUCAUGAAUUUAGGAACCGGUUCCAAAAUCCUAUAGAGAAUGGGCAGCAUACUAAUUCUACCUCAGAUGAUGUAAAAAUUAUGAACCAAAGGUCACAUAUCCUUUACGAGCAAUUAAAAGGAUUUGUACAACGGAUGGACAUGAACGUGGUGAAGAAGGACCUGCCUCCUAAAAUUGUUUUUGUAAUUACUGUAAAGCUUUCAGCUUUGCAAAGGAAGCUAUACAAAAGAUUCUUAGAUGCACAUGGUUUCACGGGUUCUAAUGAGAGCUCUAUAAGGAGAAGGUGCUUUUUUGCUGGAUAUCAGGCGUUAGCUCAGAUAUGGAACCAUCCUGGGCUCUUACAAAUGGCCAAAGAACACAAAGACAGCCUAAGACGUGAACAUGCUGUUGAGAACUUUGUUGUUGAUGACAGUUCUAGUGAUGAUAACAUCGACCGUGAUAUGCUGAAUGGAGCAGAGAGGCCAAGGAGCAAGAAUGAUUUCGCACAGAAGAGAAAUGAUAAUGGCUUUUUCCGUGAGGAAAUUGACUGGUGGAGAGAUCUUCUACAUGAAAGGACUUACCGGCAUGCGGAUUAUAGCGGCAAGAUGGUUUUGUUGCUUGAGAUCCUAUCUAUGAGUUCAGAGGUGGGCGACAAGGCACUAGUUUUUAGCCAGAGCUUGACAACGCUGGAUCUCAUAGAGCUGUUUCUAUCAAAAUUACCAAGGAAAGGGAGGGAAGGCAAAUAUUGGAAACCAGGAAAAGACUGGUAUAGGCUUGACGGAAGUACGGAGGGCUCUGAAAGGCAAAAGCUUGUUGAGAGGUUUAAUGAACCCAAAAAUAAAAGGGUUAAAUGCAUUUUGAUAUCAACUCGGGCUGGAUCAUUGGGCAUCAACCUUCACGCUGCUAACCGUGUAAUCAUUGUUGACGGUUCGUGGAACCCCACUUAUGAUCUUCAGGCUAUAUAUCGAGUUUGGAGGUAUGGGCAAACAAAGCCAGUUUAUGCAUAUCGUUUGAUGGCACAUGGAACUAUGGAAGAAAAAAUAUAUAAACGGCAGGUGACAAAGGAGGGACUUGCUGCAAGGGUGGUUGAUAGGCAACAAAUACAUCGAACCAUGUCUAAGGAGGAGGUCCUGCAUCUCUUUGAUUUUGGUGAUGAAGAGAGUGCAGAUUUAGAGGAGGGCCUUCUUAGCUCUGAUAUAGAUGUUGGAGGUUCUUUGAAGCCGAAACCCAUGCAUCCUUCUAAACUGAGCUGCUCUUCCGACAAGUUCAUGGAAAGCUUGCUCAGUAGACAUUAUCCACGGUGGAUAGCAAAUUACCACGAGCAUGAAACACUGCUGCAAGAGAAUGAGGAGGAGAGGCUAUCAAAAGAGGAGCAAGACAUGGCCUGGGAAACAUUCCAGCGAACAAUGGAGUGGGAAGAAGUGAAUAGGGUUUCCAUCGAUGGGUCUGCAUUGUUUGACCAGAGGCCCACUGGUGACAUCCUUAGAAGCAUGGUGGAGGACAAACUGACACUAACCAAGAGCAGCUUGAGGAGCCAAACGAUCCCGCGGAAGUGCACCAGCCUCGCGCACUUGCUAACCCUGACAAGCCAAGGCACAAAACCCGGGUCGAGCACCAUCUGUGGUGAGUGCUCGCUGGAAAUCAGUUGGGAGAAGCUACACAGGGAUGGGAAGUUGAGGUAACACAUGCAUGCCCCUAUCUGUCCAUAAUGUUUGUAUGUAUUUUGUUAGGGACUGUAAAUUUUAUGUGUCAACAUCAUUCAAUGGUUCAAUUGAAUUUUAAAAGGUAGGAUAUCGAGCAUUUGCUUGUAUCCGCUUUUUUAUCACAAGGCCUAACCUCUUUUCUUUUCUUUUUGUAAGUUUCCCAUCCCCGGCACCAUUCAGAUUCUCAUAUUCAUGACCCAUUGAUUUUUGUUCUUA